UAUAAAUUGGGGGCGCCGGUUUCUUCGAAAGAGUUUUUGUAGCGCAUGUUAGUUCAUUAUGGUCAGGAUAACAUCUGAAAUAGUUGAGAAUGCUCCACAGUUUACCAACGCCAUUAAGGAUCGUGAGCUUAGUCUCAGAAGUUACAAGUUUCCUGCGAUCGAAAAUAUGGGAUGUACAUUGGAUCAGUUCGAUACUAUUGAUCUUUCAGAUAAUGAGAUCAGAAAACUCGACGGAUUUCCAAUGUUAAAACGUCUAAAGUCAUUAAUACUUACAAACAACAAGAUUGCCCGUAUCGCCGAGGACUUGGGUCAACAUUUACCCAAUCUCUUGACCCUUAUCCUAACCAGUAAUUAUCUUUCUGACCUCAAAGAUUUGGAUCCUCUAUCAUCAUGUGAGAAAUUAAAUUUUCUGAGUCUUCUUCAUUGUCCUGUAACAAUGCGAGCAAAUUACCGUUUAUAUGUUAUCAGCCGCGUUGCAUCUCUUCGCUUUUUAGACUAUCGUCGUGUUACCCAAGCUGAACGUAAACUAGCUCGAUCAAUGUUUAAACGUCUUCCUGCCUUAUCAAACAGCGUAAAUAAUGUAAAAGCACCAUAUCAGAAAGCUAAUGCUAAUCGUGUAGAAAACUCAGUUCCUGCUGCUGGUAUUGUUAAAACAUUUAUUCCUGGUGCUCCAAUUAAUUCAAAUAAUCUUCUCCCUCCUGGAACUGAACCAACAAGAUCUAGUAAUGAACAGAUUCACCUUGGGAAAGUAAAGAGAACAAUGCCCCUACCCUAAAUACAUCCGUGGAAAACGAUCAGACUGAGUCAACCAAGUCUGAUACCUUGGUAGUCAGUUCAACUGACACUCCUAUGCCUCCACCGUCAACUCCUGUCACAACAGGAAAUAAACGCCCAGGUUAGUUGUAUAACUACUGGUAUGAUUACUAUCACAGUUAACCUAUUUUUUUUAUCUAUUAUCCUUGUGAUAUGUAAUUAUUUAUGAACCUGUGUCUAUUUAGAUGAAAACAUUCGUUACACAUGGCUAGUCAAAACAAUUCAACGUAAGACGUUAACUAAUGUAAAGUAAAAUAGGAAACAUCCUACUUUUAUAGCAUUAACGUAGUACCAACUUACGAAGUCUCGGAAUUUUAUACUUCAUAUUGAGGCCAACGAGUUACUCAAAAACUCAUGAUUGAAAAACAUGGAUAACAACUGGAGGUUUGUGUUACUAAUAAGUACUGGUCCAGUCUUUUAUUGUGAAUUAUAUCUGUUGGUCUGUACAUGUUUCAGUGCUCCAUACUUUCAUUCAGAUAUAAUGAUUACGUCACUGUCAAGGUUUCUACUUCAUUCAAACCAAUCAGUCAUGAUAUCUGGUCGUAAGGAAAGGAAGUGACCCAAGUUCUGUUUCGACCAACCUAUAAUCUAAGCAUUCUGUUCACAGCAUUGAAUUGAAUACAAACAUAUAGUUAAAUAGAUUCAAAGUGUAAACCUGUUUCAGUCCUUUUUGUUGAAAUAGUUGUUGAUACAAGAAAGCCAAUCACAAUACUUCCUGAUUAACGUCACAGUUGUAAUCACGAGUCGAUGUAAGCUAGACCAUCAUCGAUGGAAACUUAGGUCGGCUCGUGAUCUCAAUUGUGAAAAUAUCACCAUCUGCACAAAUCCCCCACACUGAUUCUUAGUUAUUGUUCAGAGCAUCUAGAAAACGUUUCGUCGACGUCUUAACUCCAUAAUCCGAUGUUAUCUAUGUACACAAAUGAUUUUGGAUAGAAGAAGAAUGGUUUCAUUACGGUUCUGGUUAAAAAAGAUUGUGUUUCGAUAAACCAACUUUUGUGGUCUCAAAUAUGGAUGACAAGUCGAGAUGCAAAUGUCUAAAUUCGGAUACGGAGACUUUAAUAAAUAAGAAAACUAACUCAUGCUGUUUGCUCUUGGGUAUAAGCCACGUUACAAGUGUAGGGCUAACGAUACUACCCAAUUGUUCAAACCGAGCUAAGCGAAGCAGGGUUUAAACUUGGGACUCAGUAGCCAAAAGUUGAGUGCGCUAACUACGCAUCCACUGUUCAACUUCAGUGACAUAGUAAAUAUUCUAGUAUUUUUGAAUAGACAGUUUUAUUAUUUUUACUCUAGCAAUCAUAUCCCACUUUUGAUCAAAGAGUACGCUUAUAAGAACUAGGGAUGCAUCUAGUAUGUCAUUUGCUAUCGUUUUAAACAGUAGGUGUGUGUGUGACUACAUUGAUUGGUUUUGUCAUGAAAUAUUAACAUAAGGUAUCAAUUGGUGCUAUCCUGAUGACCAAAGUUUGUCUUCUGACUGUUGUAUCGCAUGUAUUGAACAGACCCAUUCGCCCUUUGGUCCCAACCACCUAAUACCAGAAAAUCACGGUUUAUAUAUAUGUUCUUAAUAUUCACCGACCGAAGACAAUAUAUAGUGAAUGAAAUUUCUUCUAACUUACGUAUACACACAAUCUGUUAUCUUAACAUUUUUCGUUUCACACCACAUGUCUCUUAUGCACACUAAUGUAAAUACCUACUUUAAACAUUGUUCACGUUGAUUGGAUGAUUUAUUCAGUAUACAGUAAACCGGAUAACCAUGUACCUAUUUAUUUUCGAUAAUUUUGAUGUUUAAUUAUAUUUCCUUGAAAUAGCUUGGACCAGAUUGCCAGUUGCAUCAAGUCAAGAUCUAUUUGCAAUACAGGAAGCAAUUAAACGUGCGCGAACUAUGGACGAAGUGGAACGUCUUCAUCAGUUACUAAGUAGUGGUCAGUUUGCAGGAUUUGCAGCUCAGUGGCAGAAACAAUUAAGGCAGCAACAACAACAGAAGUCCUCUCAGUAAUCAUAUAUAAAUGUUUAUGUGAGGGACUGAAAAAAAGUCAUCUAUUGACAAAGUUUUCAGUGACUCUUUGUAAAGACUGUACUAUAAUAAUAUAUGUGUAUGCAUACUUUUAACUGUUAUGUAAGUAUGGUGCAAUUAAUCUCGAGUAAAUAUUUUACUUUACUAGCAAUAAAUUAGUUUUUGGU